CAAUGGCGUUAACAUAGAGCCCAUCAAAACAGCCAUUGGUAAAAACUAAAGAGUACCGGCCAAUGAAACGAGCUGUUACAUACAGAGUCGUGUCGGCCAUCCUCUUAUGUUUGUGACCGUGUGGACAAUGGUACUUGCCCUGAUCGACCGUGCAUGCAUCAGAGAUGGGCUGUCUCUCCACUAAACCACCCCCUUCCCCAGCUAGACCGGGCACGCCGAAGCGGUCCAUCUCACCGACCCUGCAGCGGGCCAUGCCACCCCCCAUUGGAGCCUGUGGGAACCAGAAACAUUUUUGUAUUGACUCCAAGGGCGAGUCGGGCGUGCACAUCUACAUCUUCACAAACUCUGACGUCAACAAACCAAAGUAAUGAUGCGCUAAGCAUGUUACACACUAUUUACGCACCAAGUGAGCACUGUGUAGCACUCUCGUGGCGCGCCCAGAGAACGGAAGAGUCGAGACCUGUGGUGUGUAACUUCAUCAUCAUUUGAUUUGUUUUAAAAUGUACUCAAGAUGGAUUCACAUGGAAACUAGAAUCUGAGCUGCACGGGAUUGUUUUUGGGUUAGCCGUCUGGAUGACGUCAUAAUGCUAGAGAGAGAGGUCGUGACCUACAGGAAGGAUGGGAUGCGCCACAGGCAAAUUGACAAAGCCGCCAGUUAAAAAGACACCGGGACAAGUAUCAAAGCCCGCCACAUCAGAUACCAGACACUACUACAUCGACUCUGCCAGCAGCGAGCAGGGCGUCCACAUCUACAUCUUCACACAGGGCCAGAAACCCGUCCAGUACCAGCCUAUUGCACAACCUGUCCCGGCCAGGCCUGUUAGAGAAGAAUUUAUAAACAUCGACAAGGAAUCGGCCGUGGACGUGCCCACAGGGCCGGUAACUCUGCAUGUUCCAGGCGGCUCCAUGGCGCCCUCCCGUGCCCCCAGUGCCGCGCCCUCACCCCGGGCCAGUGUUGCGCCCUCAUAUGGCGGCAGCCACGUCGGCUCCUCGGUAGAGCCCCCCAGAAAAGGGGGCGGCUCCCACAUCACGGAAGACGACAAGUCUGCGGCGUCCUCUCCCGUGAGUCGUGUGUCUGUUCAUACAGACAGCCCGCAGAGGUCGCUGGUGGGGAAGAAGUGAAGACAGCAGCUGUCCUGUUUUCUUCAAGCCCUGGGGAGGGGGCAGGCCUACCCGAGCUGUCUUUAUUUGAAAAGUCAAUGAAGUAAAUAAAUAGCUUUCCAUCGAA